AUGGGUCUAACCAUGGCAAUAAACCUAAAUGUGCAUGAACUGUUGGUGAUGGGAGAUUCAGAUUUGCUUUUUCGGCAAGCUCAAGGUGAUUGGGAGACUCGAGACAUCAAGCUCAUUCCAUAUAGACAAUGUGUGGAGGAUCUUAGCAAAAGGUUCAAGUCCAUCGAAUUCAGGUACAUUCCCAGGUUUCACAAUGAAUUAGCUGAUGCCUUGGCCACCCUGGCCUCAAUGCUUCCAUAUCCGGGUAAUACUCACAUUGACCCAUUAGAAAUUCAAAUUCGGUAUCAACAUGGUUAUUGCUAUACAAUUGAAGCAGGACCAGAUGGUGAACCAUGGUAUCGUGAUAUUAAACAAUUUCAGAAAAUAAGAGAAAAUCUGGAACAUGCUAAUAGGGAUCAAAAGAGAACUAUUAGGCGACUCUCUAAUGGUUUCUUUUUGAGUGGGGAAAUCCUAUACAAAAGAACUCCGGAUUUGAAUUUGUUGAGAUGUGUGGAUGCCAAAGAAGCUGAAAUGAUUAUGAAUGAGGUGCACUCGAGAGUUUGUGGUCCGCACAUGAAUGGAUAUGUUCUAGCAAAGUCACCUGGUGAAGGAGUUGGCGCAACGCCCUACUUAUUAGUUUAUGGAACUGAAGCGGUCAUACCUACUGAAAUUGAGAUUCCCUCUCUCCGAAUCAUUGUUGAAGCAGGGAUUGAGGAUACUGAAUGGGUGAAGUCCCGAUUGGAACAUUUGAGUUUGAUUGAUGAAAAGCGUUUGGCGGCAGAAGAAGCAAAAGGAAAGUUCGCCCCGAAUUGGCAAGGUCCUUACCCCGUCAAAAAAGUAUUGUCAAAAGGAGCUUUACACUUGGCAGAUAUAGAAGGAAAGGUGGUUGAUAUAUCCGUCAACGCAAAUGCGGUCAAGAGAUACUAUGUCUGA